ACAGUGUGCCGUUCAUUUGAAUGUGCGCUCCAAAGAGAUAAUAAAUUUUUUGUAUUAUUUUUUCAUUUCUCAUUUAAACAUCAAAAUUAUUUUCAAAUUUAAAUGAUCGGUUUAAUGUUAAGAAAUUUGCCGAACGGCGUGGCACAAAGAAUCACAGCUCUAUAUUUUAAAGCAAGGUGCGUAGGAAGAGGAUUUCAUAGUACAGACGCUGUUGUAGAUUUAGAUAAAAUGAAGAUCAGAAUAUUACCCGCUUUAAAGGAUAACUAUAUGUAUUUGAUAAUAGACGAGCAAACUAAACAGGCUGCAGUUGUAGAUCCUGUUGAACCGGAUACUGUGCUAGCAGCAGUAAAAGAAGAAGGGGCCACUUUGACAAAAGUACUCACAACACAUCAUCAUUGGGAUCAUGCCGGAGGAAAUGACAAUUUAGUAAAACAUGUGCCAAGUCUUGAGGUUUUUGGUGGAGACGAGAGAAUAAAUUGCCUUACAAAUAAAGUAUCCAAUAAUGAUACUUUAUGCAUUGGAUCUCUAGAUGUACAAUGUCUCUUUACACCAUGCCAUACUAAAGGACACAUGUGCUAUUAUAUUACUUCUGCUGAAGGUGAUAAUGCUGUUUUCACAGGAGAUACUUUGUUCAUUGGUGGCUGUGGCAGAUUUUUCGAAGGUACUGCUGAACAAAUGUGUCAUGCCAUGUCUGUGCUUGGAAGUUUACCUGAUGAAACGAAAGUGUUUUGUGGUCAUGAAUAUACAAUGCAAAACUUAAAAUUUGCCAAAAAAGUAGAUCCUACAAACAAACAAGUAGAGCAAGCUAUAAAAUGGGCAUCGGAUUUGAGAAAUAAGAACACACCAACGGUACCAUCUAGUAUUGCUAAAGAAAAAAUGAUAAAUCCUUUUAUGAGGGUGGAUGAUGUUUGUGUACAACAAUAUGCUGGACAUACGGGGUGCAAAGUACGAACCAUGGCUGAAAUUCGAAGACAGAAAGACUCAUUCAGUGGUUAACUUGAUAAA